AUGGCUUCAUCAUCCAUGAAUCCAGUUGCACUAUCGUCACAUAAUAAGGAGAAGUUAGAGAAAUUAGUAAAAGAGUUGAACAAACUUGAAUGGGAAAGUGGUGAAUAUUAUUUUCAUAAUUUUGUGGAUUAUUAUCAAUUACCGCAAAUCGUUCGUAUUGAGCAAACGUGGAAUACGAAUCUGAUUAAAAAUCAAUGGGUAUAUUUACAAGCCUUAUUUGAUCGAUAUCUAAUCAUAGCAUCUCCACUGGUAUCAAGUAAAUCAACGAAUUCCAAACAAAAAUAUUUGGUACCUGAUUGGUUCCAAGGCGAGUGUCGAAUAAUUUCGAAAAAUCCAACUUUGAAAAAACGCUGGUGGGUGUUUCAAGGGACAUUUGAAUUGUAUCGAUUUGAUCUACCACGAUCAAUUAAAGUUCUAACUGAUACGCCGGCACAUGUACGCAAGAGAGAAGCAUCAUCGACACACGAAUGGGAUAAGAUUGUUUUACGUAAAAAUGCUCGUUUGAACGUCGUUCGUCGUGAACAAUAUCAAUCGCGUAUUAAAAAUGAGAAAGGUGAAUUACUUGCAAGUGAGCCCAAAGAUGCAUUUAUCUUACAAGAUCCUUCAACUGGGCAUGAAUUUAUCCUUCCACCUGGUGUUCCAUUACGUUUCGCAACAUUGAUCGAAGAUAAUGAAUUACAUCCGGAAUACAAAAGUCACAAUGGAACAUUUACAUUUCCUGAAAUCAUGAUGCGGUAUGAUUUACCGUUGGAAGUGGAAAUCACCACACAUUUACCGGUUGAUUUACCCGAUUUCAAAUCACAAAUAAAACUCGAAACUUUUUGUGUUGCCAAAUCGGUUAUUGGAUUUACACUCGGUGGAGACAAAUCGCAACUAAUAGAUCUCUCGCCAUUAACACAAUUCACCAUACAUUGUGCAAAAUGUUUAACAUAUGGCCUUCCACGUGACGGUGAUAAUAGUGCGAAAGGUGAUAGUGGAAAGGAUGAGAAAUUCGACGAAAAAGAAUAUCAACGCUAUGAAGAUCUUCGAAGUAAAAUGAAUACGAUCUUUGACGAUGCAGCAGAGAUCUUCAAAAGCAAAAUUCUAGUUGCAACAGAAGAAGAACUUGAUUGCAUACGAACAGCGUUUGAGAUUAGUGUGAAGAUGAAAGAUGAAGAUGACCGACCAGUGGAUACGAGUUAUUUAACAUUAGAACAAGCUCUUAAGGUUGUCAAACAGCCGAAAGACGAGAUUCCAUUUCCCAAAGCACAACCAAAACGUUUCACUGUUCAUGCCAGCGCCGAUCCAAGCAAUCCAUACAAUGAAGUUAUUGAUUACGAAGAUAUGGAUGCUUUGAAUCAAAGUGUGGACGGUAAACCCGCUGAAAGAGCGAAGUUAAGCAAAUCGCGAAGUGAAUCAAGAUCGAAAAAAUCAUCGCGUAGUAAACCAAAACAACCAACGAAUCAAUCAAGCAAACGUCCGGCACUUGUGGUUCAACAAUUACCACCUCCGAUGCUUUUACCGCCAGAAACAUUCGAGAAAACUGUCAAGGCGAUUCCUGAUAAGCUUUACACUGAUUUCAUUCCUGCUAGUGCUUCCGCUUCGAAGAAAGCAGAUAAACCACCAAAACCUGAAUCAAAAGAGAAAUCUUCAAGGAAAAGUCGUAAAUGA